GCUCCGCCCCGGUCGCCGCUCGUCCCGCGUGGGAGCCGACCCGGCUCAGCCUGAUUUACGGCUCUGCUGAAAACCGCUCGCGCGGCUCCCCCAGCAUCAGCACCGGUGGCUGCGGCGGCAGCAACAAGUCGGGACUUUCAGAGGGAUGCAACAGACGACUUUUGAAGAGAGCCGGUACCGUUGGCAGGACUCGCUGGAGAAUGUCGCUGUGUGCCUGCCAUUCCGCUGUCCGAGGUGUGGCGACCAUACCAGAUUCAGGAGCUUGUCGUCCUUGAGGGCCCAUCUGGAAUUCAGUCACAGCUACGAGGAGCGGACCCUCCUGACAAAAUGCAGCCUCCUGCCUUCGCUCAAAGAUGCGGAGCUAGUCCGGCCCUCAGAACUCCAGAAGCAGGGAAAAGUGCUUCGGGGCCAUGCCAAGGUGGCCAAACAGAAGCCAAGCUAUGUUAAUUUGUACAGCAUCUCCCACGGACACUCCAAGGACCCGAAACCCUUCGAGAUGGUGGCGGAGAGGCCCGUGUCCUAUGUGCAGACCUACACAGCCGUGGACAUUCGGGCCGACUCCCUGGAUGCUCCCCGAUCGAGCCCUGGACUCCCCACCCAAGACACCAAAUCGGCUUUCGAGGCUCACGUCAGAGAGAAGUUCAAUCGCAUGGUAGAGGCCGUGGACAGGACCAUCGAGAAGAGAAUCGAUAAACUCACCAAAGAGCUGGCCCAGAAGACAGCCGAACUGCUGGAAGUGCGGGCGGCCUUUGUGCAGCUGACGCAGAAGAAGCAGGAGGUUCAGAGGCGAGAGCGCGCCCUGAACAGACAGGUGGACGUGGCUGUGGAAAUGAUCGCUGUGCUGAAGCAGCGCCUGACAGAAUCCGAGGAGGAGCUCCUGAGGAAAGAGGAAGAAGUUUGCACAUUCAACCACUUCCUGGAAGCAGCUGCUGAGAAGGAGGUUCAAGGAAAAGCGAGGCUCCAGGUCUUUAUUGAGAACCUGCUGCAGCGGGUGGAACUGGCCGAGAAGCAGUUGGAGUACUAUCAAAGCCAGCAGGCCUCUGCCUUCAGCCGUGACACGAGUGAGCACGUGCUCACAGACAUCUCAUUGAAUAGGAAGCCCAGAUGCCUAAGCCGAGGGCACCCACAUUCUGUAUGUAACCACCCGGAGCUGAGGGCCCAUUUCCAUCUAAAGGGGAGGAGCUAUCUGAAGAAAGCCAAGGAUGAACGAGGAGCUGGGCUGCUGCCUGCCAAGGUCAUUCACGAACAGAUGGAGUCUCCGAGAGAAUCCUUCAGACCAGCUAAGAAAGUGGAGCACCUGGGCCUGAGCCGUAAAGGCAACUUCAGGCCUAAAAUGGCUAAAAAGAAGCCUACCGCCAUCGUGAACAUCAUCUAGAGCGUGGGUGGCUCCGAAUAGCGUCUAGAGCGUGGGUGGCUCGGAGAUCACCACGGGGCUUGCGGAAUGGGGCUCCAGGGGCCCGACAGUGUUGUCCUUUUGAACAUGUCGCCGUAGGAAGUCCUAGCAGGAGGGCAAGAAACAUGACACAUAGGGACACACUGAUUAACAAGAAUUUGACACAGGGGAUCUCAGUGAACCAAGAUUUUAUUUCAAUCUCCUUUUAGGUGCAAGCGAGGCAAAUUACACAACAAACAAACAAACAAAAAACAGUAAAGUAAAAGUUGAAACACUCUCAUUUUAUAGCUCUGGUAAACACGGACCUGUAACUUGUAGAAUAAUUGGCCCAGUCUUUCACCAUCCUGGCACUUGGCAUUCUACAUAGUGGCCAUUAGUACUUGGGCCACACAAGAUGCCAGGUUUUGGUGUUCACUGCUCUCUCUGAAUUAUGAGGCAAGGAAUGUGACUGUGAAGUUCUUCUACUUAAAAAUUAUUAUUAUUAUUAUCAUUAUUAUUAUUGUUGAUGUUUUGAGACAGGGUCUUGCUAUGCUAUGUAGCCCUGGCUGGCUUGGAACUUGGUAUAUUCACCAGGCUAGCUUUGAACUUACAGUAAUCCUCCUGCCUCUGCCUCCUGAGUUCUGGGAGUACAGGUGUGUGCUGCCACACCCAGCUGGGAGUCUAAAUUUCUUGUGGAGAGCAGUGAAAUAAAAGGUUUUCAUGUUGUGUGUUUGUGGGUAGACUCCCUCUGAUACAUUUGAAAGUCUCUAUGAUAAAGGCUCCUGUUACCCCUGAGGAUUCCGGUGAAUUCGUUAAUGAAUCCGGUGACUUUAAUCCCCAGGUGGCUUUCGGGAUCUGUUCAGUUAGACCUCAGAUCUCACGUUGCCAAGUGGCUUUUGGGUUUGUCUGAUUCCCAUGUGGGGUCCUUCAGAACACAUUUAUUCAGAUCUGGGUGCACCCUGCCCACCUCCUCUGGCUAAGCACGCUGCACACCCAGAGCUGUCUACCAGCCUCUGGACAGCUGCUAAAACCCUUGGGGUCAGCAGCAUCAUGAAUGUGGUGCCCAAGUGCUUCAUGUGCCAGAGGAGGGCACCUCCGGUAUCCCAGGAGCAUCCUGGAGGAGGUCAUAUCCAGUAUCCCAGGAGCGUCCUGGCCACGCUGCAGGGACGGCCAGCUUUCUGCUGCCACCUGCUUCCCCGGAAGUGCCCCCAGCUUGCUUUCUGUUAAGCGUGGGCAUGCCCUUCCCCUUGCUGUCUUCCCUUUCCACCAGGAAGCUCACCUCACCUCCUGUUGCUUCUAUGACUGGUGGACAUGGUCCUCCCUGUCAGCCACACAACUGGGGUGUUCAUUGUACAGUACAUUCUACUGUAAUUUCAAAAACCAGGGAUGCAUGUAGGGUCUGGCCUCUGAUACGCUCCUCCCCAAAUGCCAUCGUGCCCAUAAAAGAACUUUCAAGAACCUUCUGUUUCCAAAUUCUCCACUAGAAGGAAUUUUCAUAUUUUUCCUCAAUUUGAGCAUUACCACUAGGUCUGUAGAGUGUAUAUAUGCUGACAUCCUUCCUAAAACAGGAAUAUUGUUGUCCGUAAGUAUAUACAUAUAUAAUACAUACACUAUAUAUAUAUAUAUAUGUCAAGUAUAUGAAUAGUUUAUUUUUAAAUACUCAUGGAGAAAGUGUGCGUUUGUGGUGGGUGGCUUUAAAACUAUAUAGCUUUGUUUCUGUAAAUCUAAUUCCUUUACUUUAAGAAUUAAGACUUUAACCUAUUUAACACUAGUAGAAUUAUUGUUAUUGCAACAAGUAUCUGAAUAUUACAGUAAGAUUGAUAACAAAGCAGUUACUUAGGAUGCCAAUAAAUUGAAAAGGAGAACUCAUCAUUUUCAGAGAUUUGAACCUGUCCUCGUGGAAAGGUUGCUGUUUGAGUCUUCAGUGACUUCUGGCUUACGGGGGACCGGGCUUCCUUGUGGUGUGUGGGCAGAUUCCAGGUGGGGUAAAAAACAUGGCUGUGGAUAUCACUGUUCAGGCUGGCAUUGUGAAACCUGUAGUGUUAUUAUUCGUUUGGAUAAGAAAUGUCCCCCAUAGUUACUUCUCAUUGAUGCUUUUGUCAUGGUUGCACUUUGGCUUUUUGCGUACUGAAAAAAAGUGCUGCAUGCUCCCUGUCCUACAGUGUGUGUGAAUGACAACAGCUUGUUUUUGAAGAUAGCAUAGCCAGAUCUGUUCCCCAUUUCAUUUAAAGUAAGUCAUUUUGGGUGUUUAUUUAACAUGCCUAGAGGGAAUGACAGCCCUCUUUGACAGUGGUAUAUAUUCACCUUUGGAAAGCACCAUAAUGUUGUAUCUACCCCUAUAUACAUUACACAAGAUAAAUAGUUUUGAGAUUGACUUACUAGACUUAAAAAUUCUUCUGAGUGUCAACUGGAUUCUGACCCCCCAUUCGAGGAAAUACAUUAAGUACAGCAGACGUCCUAGAGACAUAUCAGCUAUUUAAGUAUGGGAGUUGGCUCGUAGGAGAGAUCAUUCACCCACACCAUGGCCAAGGUCCAUUUAUGUGUUAUCUUCAGAUUUUUUUCUUUGUCCCCUGAGACAAUCAACCUUAGAUUUGAGGCAGUGGGCUUUUAAAAUAAAUCACCAAAGUUUCUGGGAAACCAUAAUCAAGGCCUAACUGACGUAUAAAUUGAAUUUUAUUAUCUAUUUUGUAAGGAGAAAAGAUCUUCAUUUGAACUGUUCCUCUCCCUCAACCCCCAGACUAAGAAAAGAUUCCUAUCUGUAAGUGUGGCUUGCUUGGAGGCUGUAUUCCAGUAUUCCACAGGGCCAGUCAACUGUAUAGACAUUAGAAUAUUUCUGUUCCCAGAAUGAAAAAAAAAGAAGUUUUUAGAUUAUGAAAUACUAUGAUAAUAAAGCUAUAUUUCU